AUAAGCCCUAGCGCCGAUCUUUUUUGACGUUUGGGUGUUUUUUUUUUUUUGGGAGGCGCGACAUUCAAGGCUUCUUCUGCUUUUCUUCCCUGCCCAUAGCCGUCCCCCCUUCUUAUGGCGCUUAACGAAUUUGGAUACUUCCGCGGAGCUAAACGGUGGCUAUCUCAUCUUUAAUAUGUACGCUUUGAUACAAGCUGCUCUUCUCAGGGACCGAGGCAAUUGAAAAACAGCGCAAUGGAAACCAAGUUCUGUGGUCAUCCUCUUUUAUGUUCCUUUUCAACUAUCUAUACAUUCCUAUUAGGUAUACUAUUUAUAGCUUUAAGCUCGAGUCGCAUUCUUCUGGUAAAAUACUCAGCCAACGAAGAUAACAAAUAUGAUUAUCUUCCAACUACUGUCAAUGUGUGCUCAGAGCUUGUGAAGCUAGUUUUCUGUGUGCUUGUGUCAUUCUUGGUUAUAAAGAAAGGAGAUCAUCAAAGCAGAAGGGUGAAAUGGACUUCAAGGAAAGAAUUCUCUAAUUUCAUGAAGUGGUCCAUUCCUGCCUUUCUUUAUUUCCUGGAUAAUUUGAUUGUCUUUUAUGUCCUUUCCUAUCUUCAGCCUGCCAUGGCUGUUAUCUUCUCAAAUUUUAGCAUUAUAACAACAGCUCUUCUAUUCAGGAUAGUGCUGAAGAGGCAUCUAACCUGGAUACAGUGGGCUUCCCUCCUGAUCCUAUUUUUAUCUAUUGUGGCCCUCACUACUGGGACUAAAACUUCACAGCAUAACCUGGCAGGACAUGGAUUUCAUCAUGAUGCCUUAUUCAGCCCAUCCAAUUCCUGCCUUAUUUUUCAAAGUGAGUGUCCCAGCAAAGACAAUUGCACAGCAAAGGAGUGGACUUUUUCUGAAGCUAAGUGGAACUCUACAGCCAGGGUUUUCAGUCACAUCCGUCUUGGUUUGGGCCAUGUUCUUAUAAUUGUUCAGUGUUUUAUUUCUUCAAUGGCCAAUAUCUAUAGUGAGAAGAUACUGAAGGAAGGGAACCAACUCACUGAAAGCAUCUUCAUACAGAACAGCAAACUUUACUUCUUUGGUGUUCUUUUUAAUGGACUGACACUUGGUCUUCAGAGCAGUAACCGUGAUCAAAUUAAGAACUGUGGGUUCUUUUAUGGACACAAUGCAUUUUCUGUAGCCCUUAUAUUUGUAACUGCAUCCCAGGGCCUCUCGGUGGCUUUCAUUCUAAAGUUUCUAGAUAAUAUGUUCCAUGUCUUGAUGGCCCAGAUUACUACUGUCAUCAUCACAACAGUGUCUGUCCUAGUCUUUGACUUUAGGCCCUCCCUGGAAUUUUUCUUAGAAGCCCCAUCAGUUCUUCUCUCCAUAUUUAUUUAUAAUGCCAGCAAGAUUCAAGAUCUGGAAUAUGCACCUAGGCAAGAAAGGAUCCGAGAUUUAAGUGGCCGUCUUUGGGAACGCUCCAGUGGGGAUGGAGAAGAACUGGAAAGACUUAACAAAGCCAAGAGUGAUAUUGAAUCAGAUGAAGAUGCUUUCUAAUUGGGAAACUGGUGAUUAUGGAUAAAUUAAGCCAGUUCAUC